UUGUAGUUAUAACAAUGGAUUCGAUACUACUCGGUAUACGGAGGGCUGGUGAUCGUCCUCCUGGUGUUACGAAUUCGCAGUACUUGCUAGGUUUCUUUAUAAGUAUAGCUGCUGCUGCAAUUUUAGGGUUCAUUCUAGUGAGCACGCAAGUUGCUUAUGCCAAGGCCAAUCAAGGCAUGACCUAUACUAUUGUGUUGCAGUUUCAAGUUUGUUUGGCCUUCUUUGCUACACUCAUUUGCACAAUUGGGAGCCUCAUAAACAAGGAUUUCUCAGAAAUGCAACGAGAAGCGAGCGACUUUGACUUGGGAGCAAAAACGUACUACUUAGUGUUAGCUUCAAACAUGGUAGUUUGGCAACUAAUGUUCAUUGGGAGAGUUGGGAUUAUAUUUUGCACGUCCUCUCUCUUUGCAGGAGUCAUGAGCGCGAGUUUGCUUCCUAUCUCACAGAUUGCAGCUGUGAUAACAUUCCACGAAAAUUUCACUGGAGAAAAAGGGAUGGCCUUGGCUUUAGCCCUUUGGGGCUUCACUUCUUACUUCUAUGGUUCCUACAGGAACUCAAGAAGGCAAAGUCCGAAACCCCAUGAAGCAACUGAAAGAGAUACGCAACCCACAAAAUAAGUAUCUCCAAAUGAAUGUAACUAUGUUGUGAUUCUGUGAUACAGUGUUUUGAACCACACUUCAUUUGUACUCGGAAUUUAC